UAUUCGAAGUCGCGGAAUAGACCCUCAUUAGUUCUGAAUUCUGGUCUCGACGCUGCCCGACUCGACCACGUAGCUUUAGUUAAAAGUCUUGUUCUUGUCGCAAACUUGAGGUUCUCUCUGAUCUACCAAUCAAGGGUAAUAUUGCAGUUGGAGACAACUUCAUUUCUUUCCUAGCUUUGAUAUAUUUUAAAGAUGAGUCAGAAAGGUCUCAUAUAUAGCUUUGUGGCAAAGGGUACAGUAGUGUUGGCAGAACAUACCCCAUAUUCAGGGAACUUUAGUACCAUUGCUGUUCAAUGUUUACAGAAGCUUCCUUCAAAUAGCAGCAAGUACACAUACUCAUGUGAUGGCCAUACAUUUAACUUCCUUAUUGACAAUGAAUUUGUUUUUCUUGCUGUUGCGGAUGAAUUGUCAGGAAGAAGUAUGCCUUUUGUGUUUCUUGAGAGAGUGAAGGAUGAUUUUAAGCAGCGAUAUGGUGCAAGUAUUAAAAAUGAGACACAUCCUCUUGCUGAUGAUGAUGAUGAUGACUUGUUUGAAGACCGAUUUAGCAUUGCCUACAAUCUUGACAGAGAGUUUGGGCCAAGGCUUAAGGAACACAUGCAAUAUUGCAUGAGCCACCCAGAAGAGAUCAGUAAGCUAUCCAAAUUGAAGGCCCAGAUAACAGAGGUCAAGGGAAUUAUGAUGGACAAUAUUGAAAAGGUUUUGGAUCGUGGGGAGAAAAUUGAACUUCUGGUAGACAAAACAGAGAACCUGCAGUUCCAGGCUGACAGUUUCCAGAGGCAGGGAAGACAACUGCGACGGAAAAUGUGGCUGCAGAAUCUCCAAAUGAAAUUGAUGGUCGGAGGAGCAAUACUCAUCGUGUUUGUUAUACUCUGGCUUCUUGUCUGUCGAGGUUUCAAAUGUCAGUGAAGGCACAUCCAGAUGGAGAAAGAAUGUUGUGGCAUUUACUUGUUUUUUAGGCUAUUGGUGUACAAAAAUUUCUGUUUUCUUGAAAAGAUACUGUGGGAGUGAGGUCCAAGUAUUGCCUGUUCAAUGCUGUAAUUACGCCUUUGUACUUCCUGAUGGCUUUUGUUGAUAUGAUUUCUUAAUAUAGAGAAUGUGACCUAACAACCAGUUGAUAUUUGUAUGGAAGAAUCGCAUUAAAAAACCUUGUUAAAUUUUUGCAUGCUUAA